CUGGAGUCCAUGAGAAUUUGAAAUUCUAUUCUGCAUUUUUUCCUUUUUGAAUUAAUGAAUAACAAUAGUGAUGAGAAUGUUACAAUUGUAGUUUACACCUUAUAUUUGCCAGUUGUUGCUUAAAAGUUUUGAACCUCAGCUUCUGAUGAUAAUGUAAAUGCCUUCGAGCCAGAUUUUAGCAAGCAUGUAGAAUGACAAAAUCAAUUUAUCAGUUUCUCAGUCCUUUCUAGAUUCUUCAUAAUGCCAUCUUCCAGUAACUCCUCUUCCCCAUGCUGUGUGCCCUCAAAACUCUAGUCCUGGUUUUUGCAUGGAUUUAUACUUUGCUUUCAUUAUCCAGUAAUUGUCAGGUGACCUUUGAGAAUGACAAUGUGAUGUGUUUUAGGCACUGACACGUGUCCAUGGUGAAAAGUUAAAAUGUUCAUUCUAGUCUGUACUGUUUUGUAUAUAUUUAGUAACUCUUUUCAAUAAAAUUUUCCCUAGGAUUGAGUUUUAAUGUGUUGUUGGAAACUGAUUGCAAAAUAAUGACUUGAAAUUUCUACCUCCACACAAUAAUUUAUUAAGGUUCUUAAAUCUAAGAGUAUUAGAAACCUGUAGUAGAAUAAAUUAAAUUAAGAAAUUUUACAUAAAACAAAGUUUUAAAUAUCGCAGAUGGAGCAGAUUAUUGCGUGUUCAAAUUCCAUUCAGUUUUUUGAAAGCAACAAACAUUCCUAUUUAGUGAACACACUAGUAGUGAACACCUUUUGGAUUAGAUUAGAUAUUUUUAUUACGGUAUAAUUAGAAUUUACUAGAGACUAGGAAUUGUCUUAUAUAUAAAUACAUUUUUGUUUAUUUAAUCUAAGCCAUGAAAGUAAACACCAUUGAAAUUCUUUUGUUUUCUUGAAAGCUGGAGAUACAGAUGAUCCACCAAGGAUUACUCAGAACCCUGUUAUCAACGGGAAUGUAGCCAUGAGUGACGGGCAUAACAACACAGAGGAAGACAUGGAGGACGGGGAGUAACGGGGCAGUUGAAAGAAACCAUCAGUCACGGGCUGCACCACCAGAAGGACUGCUGUCCAGACCUCCUGCCAAAAGUUCAGCCUCCAUGAGAAACUGCAGCAGUAGUUGAGAGUUCUCUCACAGUGCGGUUUACCCCUGGCAGCUGGCUGAGGCAAUAUCUGAGGAAGACACGAGUUGGCGCUCCGAGGCCACCUUUCAGUUCACUGUCGAGCGCUUCAGCAGAUUGAGCGAGUCGGUCCUUAGCCCUCCGUGCUUUGUGCGAAAUCUGCCAUGGAAGAUUAUGGUGAUGCCACGCUUUUAUCCAGACAGACCACACCAAAAGAGCGUAGGAUUCUUUCUGCAGUGCAAUGCCGAAUCUGAUUCCACGUCGUGGUCUUGUCAUGCACAAGCCGUGCUGAAGAUAAUAAAUUACAGAGAUGACGAGAAGUCCUUCAGCCGCCGGAUUAGCCAUUUGUUCUUCCAUAAAGAAAACGACUGGGGAUUUUCCAAUUUUAUGGCCUGGAGUGAAGUGACCGAUCCUGAGAAAGGAUUUAUAGAUGAUGACAAAGUGACUUUUGAAGUCUUUGUACAGGCGGACGCUCCCCAUGGAGUUGCGUGGGAUUCAAAGAAGCACACAGGCUACGUCGGGUUGAAGAAUCAGGGAGCGACCUGUUACAUGAAUAGCCUGCUACAGACUUUGUUUUUCACAAAUCAACUACGAAAGGCUGUGUACAUGAUGCCAACAGAGGGUGAUGAUUCAUCUAAGAGCGUCCCUUUAGCGUUGCAAAGAGUGUUUUAUGAAUUACAGCACAGUGAUAAACCUGUAGGAACAAAAAAGCUAACCAAAUCAUUCGGGUGGGAGACUUUAGACAGCUUCAUGCAGCACGAUGUUCAAGAGCUAUGUCGAGUGUUGCUUGAUAACGUGGAAAAUAAGAUGAAAGGCACGUGCGUAGAAGGCACCAUACCUAAGUUAUUCAGAGGCAAGAUGGUGUCCUACAUCCAAUGUAAAGAAGUAGACUAUCGAUCUGAUAGAAGAGAAGAUUAUUAUGAUAUCCAGCUAAGUAUAAAAGGAAAGAAAAACAUCUUUGAAUCAUUUGUGGAUUAUGUGGCAGUAGAACAACUAGACGGUGACAAUAAAUACGAUGCCGGGGAGCACGGCUUGCAGGAAGCAGAGAAAGGCGUGAAAUUUCUAACAUUGCCACCAGUGUUACAUCUACAACUCAUGAGAUUUAUGUAUGACCCUCAGACGGACCAAAAUAUCAAGAUCAAUGAUAGGUUUGAGUUCCCCGAACAGUUACCACUCGAUGAAUUUUUGCAAAAAACUGAUCCUAAGGACCCUGCCAAUUACAUUCUUCACGCAGUCCUGGUUCACAGUGGAGAUAACCAUGGUGGACAUUACGUGGUUUAUCUAAACCCCAAAGGGGACGGCAAAUGGUGUAAGUUUGAUGACGACGUGGUGUCGCGGUGCACUAAAGAAGAAGCCAUCGAGCACAAUUACGGGGGCCAUGAUGAUGACCUGUCUGUCCGCCACUGCACUAACGCCUACAUGUUAGUUUAUAUCAGGGAGUCAAAGCUGAGUGAAGUUUUACAAGCUGUCACAGACCAUGAUAUUCCUCAGCAGUUGGUGGAACGAUUGCAGGAAGAGAAAAGGAUUGAGGCGCAGAAGCGGAAGGAGCGGCAGGAAGCCCAUCUCUAUAUGCAAGUGCAGAUCGUUGCCGAGGACCAGUUUUGUGGCCACCAAGGAAAUGACAUGUACGAUGAAGAAAAAGUGAAAUACACUGUGUUCAAAGUGUUGAAAAACUCCUCACUUGCCGAGUUUGUUCAGAACCUCUCCCAGACCAUGGGAUUUCCACAAGAUCAGAUUCGAUUAUGGCCCAUGCAAGCAAGGAGUAAUGGAACCAAACGACCAGCAAUGUUAGAUAAUGAAGCUGAUGGUAAUAAAACAAUGAUUGAACUCAGCGAUAAUGAAAACCCUUGGACAAUAUUCCUGGAAACAGUUGAUCCUGAGCUGGCUGCUAGUGGGGCAACGUUACCCAAGUUUGAUAAAGAUCAUGAUGUGAUGUUGUUUUUGAAGAUGUAUGAUCCCAAAACGCGGAGCUUAAAUUACUGUGGGCAUAUCUACACACCAAUAUCCUGUAAAAUACGUGACUUGCUCCCAGUUAUGUGUGACAGAGCAGGAUUUAUCCAAGAUACUAGUCUUAUCCUCUAUGAGGAAGUUAAACCGAAUUUAACAGAGAGAAUCCAGGACUAUGAUGUGUCUCUUGAUAAAGCCCUUGAUGAAUUAAUGGAUGGUGAUAUCAUAGUGUUUCAGAAGGAUGACCCCGAAAAUGAUAACAGCGAACUACCCACUGCAAAGGAGUAUUUCCGAGACCUCUACCACCGUGUCGACGUCAUUUUCUGUGAUAAAACAAUCCCUAAUGAUCCUGGAUUUGUUGUUACGUUAUCCAAUAGAAUGAAUUAUUUCCAGGUGGCAAAGACAGUUGCACAGAGGCUUAACACAGACCCCAUGUUGCUCCAGUUUUUCAAGUCUCAAGGUUAUAGGGAUGGCCCAGGUAAUCCUCUUAGACAUAAUUAUGAAGGUACUUUAAGAGAUCUUCUACAAUUCUUCAAGCCUAGACAACCUAAGAAACUUUACUAUCAGCAGCUGAAAAUGAAAAUCACAGACUUUGAAAACAGGCGAAGUUUUAAAUGUAUAUGGUUAAACAGCCAAUUUAGGGAAGAGGAAAUAACACUAUAUCCAGACAAGCACGGCUGUGUCCGGGACCUGCUAGAAGAAUGUAAAAAGGCUGUAGAGCUCGGGGAGAAAGCGUCAGGGAAACUUAGGCUGCUAGAAAUUGUAAGCUACAAAAUUAUUGGUGUGCAUCAAGAAGAUGAACUAUUAGAAUGUUUAUCCCCUGCAACGAGUCGAACGUUUCGAAUAGAGGAAAUACCUUUGGACCAGGUAGACAUAGACAAGGAAAACGAGAUGCUGAUCACAGUGGCACAUUUCCACAAAGAGGUUUUUGGAACGUUUGGAAUUCCAUUUUUGCUGAGGAUACACCAGGGCGAGCAUUUCCGAGAAGUGAUGAAGCGGAUCCAGAGUCUGCUCGACAUCCAGGAGAAGGAGUUUGAAAAGUUUAAAUUUGCGAUUGUAAUGAUGGGCCGACACCAGUACAUAAACGAAGAUGAGUAUGAAGUAAACUUGAAAGACUUUGAGCCUCAGCCCGGUAACAUGUCUCACCCUCGGCCUUGGCUAGGGCUUGACCACUUCAACAAAGCCCCAAAGAGGAGUCGCUACACCUACCUUGAGAAGGCUAUUAAAAUCCAUAACUGACUUCUUACUCAGUGUGUCAGGUGAGGGAGCGCGCGUGGGCGCGCGCCCCUUUUUAACAGCGUAGAACUUUGGUACACAUGCACUCUACCCGAAGUCUUCAGCAAGAGGAGUUGCUGCUGGUGUUAAUUUUAUUUUGUCGAGGCUGUUGAGUUUGGCUUCUCUGUACCUAUUGACUGCCCUUUUUGAGCAAAAUGAAGGUGUUUUUAUAAAGCUUGGAUGCCAAUGAGAGUUAUUUUAUGGUAACCACAAUGCAAGGCACCCGUCAGCAUAAUGCGGGAAGAGGUUAGUAGGCCGUGGGUCGCUGGCCAGAGGUCUCUAGUCUGUUUCUAGUUGGCAUGAGCUGGCUGGCUGCCUCCCUGGGGGUCCCGUCCGCCAACCCUGCAGCUAGUGAGUCUUAUGUUUAGGCCCGUCUGACGUACUUCCUUCAGUUACACUUCCAGUGACCUUUUGUGCCCCUGUAAAGGCAAAACAGAAACUUACAACCUAAUAAAUAGCGAUCUCUCCUUCACUGUGUGCAUUGUCGGCCCUUCCUCGAGCUCACCUCCAGCUGCCUGGGGUCUCUAGUAACCUCGUCUCGCCUCGAUCGGCCUCUGUGCCACAGCCCGUCUGCAUAGGGGACACACUGAAUCCAAGCCUGGCAGACACGCGGGGUCUUUUUAUCCAAUUGAAAACGUUGUUCCGUACAUUUAAGGUUGACUGUGCUGCCUGAUGGCAAACUUGAUCUCCACUGUUCGUGAAAGCUGGUGAAAGGAUUAUAAAUAGGAUGUCAUUAAAAUGGAACAGACAGAACAGAACAGGAGAGCCUUUUAGCAAAGAGGGCAUACUCACUAGUGGUUAGUAAGCUGUUGACUUUGUAAAAAAUAAAAAUAAAAAAAAAUUAAAGAGUUAAAAAGGAGAGGGAAAAAUGGAAGAAUGAGAUCGUCUAUUUAAUGAAUGAGCAUGUACAAUUGACCACUUGGAGGAGGUUCCUUUUUGUUGGGUGAGUCUGCGGAGACUCGCUGACGCUGAUGCUCGUUGUGUGUAGUUUUAUUUCCGUCCCAGCCUCAUUUCCUCUUACCUGGGAGCUAAUGCAGCCACAUGUCUAGUUUUGAGUGCAGUCAAAUAGAAUCCGCAAAUCACACUGAUUUUUCCAUCCUUUUCCAGUAUUUUUUUGUUUUGUUUCUGUAGCUGCACUGUACGCCAGCUCUUCCUGUAUAUUGCCUUUUUGCUGGAACAUGUUGUAUGUUGAAUAAAAUUUUCUAUAAAAAUUAUAAUUCAGUGAGUGACAUGGAAGUUGAGAAAGAUUCUUCUGUUCCCCAGAAGUAGGCUUGGGACUCCUUUUUGUUUACCACAAGGUUUGACCAAGAUGUAUUCCUCCCCCCAGUCUCAGUAUUGCUGCUGUAUAAUCCUGGGUUUCUGCCUCCAGCUAGUAAGUUUGAGCUAAGAAAUCAAAGGUUUUCCAGGAGGGAGCCUUGUAUAGCUGAGACGACUGGAGAUAUUAUU